UUUGGCUUCCAAAUUACUGAGCACCACCUUUUAUGGCUGUGGUGGAGCUUGUCUUGGUGUCGCUGGGGAUUUCUGUUAUGUUGUAUUUUCUUUAAAGGCAAUCCUCAUUAGUUUCCAUGUAACAUCAAACGUUUCCAGCAUUGUUCUCAAUCAGAUUUGCUCGUUUUUAUGUUCCUGCCUCCUUUAAAAAAAACUAUUCCAGAAGUUUAAGAUGAUAAGAUGCUCUGAGGGAAAGAUGCUGCUUGCUUUGUCCAUAAAGCGGGGAAUGAAGUAAAAUAUCAAAGUUCUCCGUGUAAAAGAGUCAUAUGUGAGCGAAUGGCGUAUCCACGCACGAGAGAAAACGGGAACCGACGGCGCAGCGUCGUUAAUCAGGCCUGAGAUGUGACCUGGCAAAGUAAAGGUUUCAACCACUGCCAACAUGAUAUUGGAAAGGUUUUCCGGCGAGGCAGUGCGUCACGACACUCUCUAUUAGGUGCUAUUUUCGUCCUGCCCUGGAAGACAUUCAUCCACCAGCUACUCACCCUGACAGCUCCCAAUAAACCCACCACUCCCAUUCAUCUCCACCCUAUCCAACCCACCUCCACCCUCUCUCACCCUCCCUCCCUCCCUCGCUCCGUCCCUCUCUCCGCGGCUCUUACCGGGCAGCUUGGUUGAGUUAAAAAAAAAACUGCAUAGUUGAAUUGUGGUUUGCGCGCCAGGGAGGAAUACGCAGGAAAGUGCCGUGAUUUUUACCAGGAUAUCUUUAAAUUGUUUUAGUUUUUUUUCUUCCCCAGAAGACUUCAUGCCAUCUGUUUAGAUCAAUCUCUCCAAGGAAAGUAUCCUCUAUGCGUUUCCAGCCCAUUUCCAGUCGCACUUGAUCCCGGCGGGAAGCUGAAGAGGAGGACAGAUGGCGAUCCACGCCGAGGGUCUCGUGGCCAUCGUGCUCUUCUAUGUUCUGAUUCUGUUCGUGGGGAUCUGGGCCGCGUGGAAGAACAAGAACUCCGGAGUCAGUGAAGGCAUGGACCGGAGCGAGAGUAUUAUGGUCGGGGGAAGGGACAUCGGCUUGUUCGUGGGGGGAUUCACCAUGACCGCCACCUGGGUGGGUGGGGGUUACAUCAAUGGAACAGCAGAGUACGUCUACCUGCCAGACUACGGUCUGGCCUGGGCUCAGGCACCGUUUGGUUACGCUCUCAGCUUGGUAUUAGGUGGCCUUUUCUUUGCCAAACCGAUGCGGUCUCGCGGAUAUGUCACAAUGCUGGAUCCUUUCCAGCAGCUUUAUGGGAAAAGGAUGGGAGGACUGCUUUUCAUUCCUGCACUCAUGGGAGAAAUCUUCUGGUCUGCUGCCAUCCUGUCUGCCUUGGGUGCCACUCUCAGCGUGAUCGUGGACAUAAACAUCAACAUGUCCGUGGUGAUCUCAGCGCUCAUAGCAAUCUUUUACACGCUGGUUGGGGGACUGUACUCCGUCGCAUACACAGAUGUGGUCCAGCUCUUCUGCAUCUUUCUGGGCUUGUGGAUCAGUGUACCUUUUGCCCUUUCCAAUCCUGCUGUGUCAGACAUCGGUCUUUCAGCUAAGGAAGCAAUCUAUCAGUCACCAUGGCUUGGCAAGAUUAAGCCUGAAGACCACUGGCUCUGGGCAGACAACUUCUUUUUGCUGAUGUUGGGAGGGAUUCCCUGGCAGGUCUACUUCCAGCGGGUUCUUUCUGCCUCUUCAGCUACCUAUGCCCAGGUUCUCUCUUUCAUUGCUGCCUUCGGCUGCUUGGUGAUGGCGGUCCCUUCCGUCCUCAUAGGAGCUAUUGGGGCUUCCACCGACUGGAACCAAACGACUUAUGGCUCCCUCGCUCCAAAGGACAAGGAUGAAUCAGAUAUGAUCCUUCCCAUAGUGCUUCAGCACCUCUGCCCACCUUACAUCUCCUUCUUCGGACUCGGGGCGGUGUCGGCAGCGGUGAUGUCAUCAGCAGACUCCUCCAUACUUUCGGCCAGCUCCAUGUUUGCCAGGAACAUUUAUCAGCUCGCCUUCAGGCAGUCGGCUUCGGAUAACGAGAUCGUUUGGGUGAUGCGCAUCACCAUCUUUGUGUUCGGAGCUCUUGCUACAGCGAUGGCGCUGUUGACCGGAUCUGUGUACGGCCUUUGGUACCUAAGCUCCGACCUCGUCUACGUCAUCAUCUUCCCCCAACUUCUCAGCGUGCUGUUCGUCAAAGGCACCAACACGUACGGCUCGGUGGCAGCGUAUAUCUUUGGACUCCUGCUGCGCAUCGGCGGAGGGGAGCCUUACCUGAAACUGCCUCCGUUCAUCUAUUACCCCGGCUGGGUGACGGUGGAGAGGGUCCACCACCUCACUGGAGACGUGGAGUUCUUCGUCCAGCAGAGGUUCCCUUUCAAGUCCAUGUCCAUGUUGGCGUCGUUCUUGGCGAACGUGGCCUUCUCCUACCUGACAAAGUACUUGUUCGAAAGCGGCAUGCUGUCCCACAGGUACGACUUCCUGGACGCGGUCGUGUCCAAGCAUAGCAAAGAGAUCAUGGACAAGGCCACGCUGGUAAGCAAUCACGACAACAUCAUCCUUUCGGAGAUGGCGCCGGUCAGGCAAGCCCUGGGCGCCACGCUCGCCGGGACCUUCACCAACACCGAGGUCCUGAGCGACGAUGGCGCGUCGAGUCCGGAGUCGUUCCACAGCGAGAACUAGACGACAAAAACGCACAAAGGAAACUUGAACCGAGGAAUGUGAAAGGGGGGGGGAGGAAGAAUCAAAAGAGGCGUCGGCGUCCUUCAGGAAACUUGUUACUGCCACACUGUGAGCCAGAUCAGCAGAAACCUUCUGCGGCUUCCAAGUGACUCCACAAGUUAUGUCUGCGAAUCGGUGCCUCCUCCAUCCGCUUUUUAAAGGUGUGUUUCUCUCUAGAAACUCAUCUUUGGCUCCAAAUCGUCUGUACAAAGCUCAGUUAUUUGCUUUUUUUUUUCUGACCAUGGCUCUGUGAAUUUACAACCAUUUUUUUUUAUUUAGCUGCUGCUGCUGUGGUGAAAGCUACGAUAAAGGGAAAUAGUUUUUCAAGUGGUGGCCGGUCUUGAGAAAAGUGCAUUAGAACUAAGAAGCAGUGCUUAUGUCUGGUUGUCUAAGCUCAGGUUAUGCGUGUCGAUGCAAAUGCAGUGCCUUGCUAAAUUAGUUUUUUCCCCUUAAACUUUUCCACAUUUAGUCAUGUUACACAAAAACAACAGUGUAUCCUGUUAAGAUUGUCUGCGGUGGACUCGCUGAAAGUCGUUGGUCACGAUGGAAAGUGAUCCAUCUGUCCAACUGUUUAUUGUCUUUAACCGCUGAUCUGUGCAGAGUGUGGGGAGGGGGUGUUUGAGAGACACGUGGCUCUGAACACUUUUAACUAAUAAAACCUUGGCAUACAUUUGUAUUCAGCCCGGUCCAGGCUUUGCAGAACUAUCUUUGCACAUUCACACACGGACAUUUCCGACAUUCAUCUUUACAAAAUCAUGCAGUCCAGACUGAAUGAAGAACAUCUGUGAACAUCAGCUUUUUUUAAAUUCUUCCAACAUAUUAUCAAUUAAAAUUAGAUCUGGACUUCUAAUCAUUUUACCACAUGAUUAUACCUUAAACCAUUUCAGGUUUGUUUUGGGCCAAUGUCCUGCUGGAAGGAGAACCUCUGGCCCAGUCUCAAGUCUUUUGGAGCCUCUAACAGGUUUUUUUUUUUAACAGGAUAGCUUCCCCCAAAUUUCCAAAAAUCCUAAUCAGACUCCCCCGCCCUUGCCAAAGAAAAGCAUUUCUACAGCAUGAUGCUACCACCACCAUGUUUCACCAUGGGGAUAGUGUUUUCCAUGCAGUCAGUGAUUUUAUGCCUUACUUUCAACAGAACACAUGAAUUUAUACUGAAAUUACACAAAAAGGAGUCUAUUUACUAAUUAGGUCACUUCUAAAGGCAAUCGGUUGCUUUUGGUUUUUUUUUAGGAGUAUCAGAGCAGAGAUUGCUGAAUACAAAUGUAUUCCAGGCAUUUCAGAUUUAUAUCUGUUAAAAAAAAAGUUAAAACCUUGUAUGGUUUUGCUUUCCCCAUUAUUCACUGCCUUGGAAUGGUUUAUUACUUAAAAUCCUAAUGAAAUAUAAUGUGGUUUUUGGUUGGAACCAAACAAAAUGCCAAAGGUUUAAGGGACAUGAGUAGUUUUCCAAGGCACUGUAUUUCUGCCUGCGAACAGAGCAGCUUUAGGUGAAUGGUCCAGGUUGGUCUUGCUGGGUUUUUAAGUUUGCAUAGAAAGUUUGUCAAUAGAGCAAUAAUUUUUAAAGAGCAUUCGUCUAGUUUUCAUAUCCAUUGCUUCUCUCUUCGUCUGGGUGUUUCAUGAAAAGCACGUUUUUAUUACUGUUUCACCUUUGUUUGAAGUGGGAAAGAAGAAUGUUGAAUCGCUUCAGCCACCAUUAAGCACAUGUAUGGACCCGGUAGCUGUCUGGCAAACAUAAAAAACACAUACAAGGGAAAACAAAAAUACCAUCAUGUUUUUAAGGUGAUCAGCACAGCCUGUUGUUUAUAUCCUGAUCUGCAGAUAUGAAAUUCGUGUCGGCGUGUUUUUGAGAACCUUUGAUGGUUCGUUCGCUCAUCCUGAAGCUAUAUUGACUGCUCAGUCACUGCAGGUUCACAGAGACAGGAAAUGAUUGUUCCCCCCAGGACAGUGUUAGUAUUGCCGGUCAUUAUUGAUUCAGCCCCAAGUGGAAUAUCCCUCAGGACAUUUGAUUUAUACGACGAAGAUAAUUACAGCGAGGGUUUAUGGGGUUUCCUUAGCAUGUUAUAAACAGUAAUACAGAAAUUGCUCUUUUUAAUAGUUUAAUAUCCUCAUACAUGUUCUGAUAUCAGCUAUUAAAUGGACACAUAUUCACAUUUUUAAGAAAAAAAGUCUGUUUUUAACGGUAAACUUCAGUGCAAAAGAGAUGCAAAUAUUAGAUUAAAGGGGACAUAUGCUAAAUCUACUUUUUAUCUCUUAAAUACGUUUGAAUGUGCACUUAAAGUCUCCAGGAGUGCAGAAAAUCUUAAUGUGGUCUUGCCAGGAGCUGUGUGGAUAUCUAGAGAUUCUGUUUUGGGCAUAUUUUUCAAGCUGUUUGUUUUCCUCUAUUCUCUGUUACGUUCUUUGAACAAUUAUAUCACAGUAUUUGCCGCGGAGCUGCUUAACAAUGUAGUAGUGGUAAAUUAAUGAGGAAUUUAGACCAAAGUAUUGCAGUUAUCCAUACUGAAUGAUUUAAAUGUGAAAAGGAAGAAGUGUGAAGUGAAGAAGAUGUGUCCCCUUUAAAUCUCACAUUUCUGAAUACAGAAAGGUACGGUGACAGACUUCGGUUUGGACCGCUUAUUUUACACUCAGUGUCAUUUGAAGCAUAGAUACCGAAAACCUGAGCUCAUCGGGGUGAAAUUGGUGACUUUGAAAGAUUUUUUUAACAUUCGAAGGUUAGAUUUAUACCCAUUUUACUCAUUUGAUACUAAACUAAACAUAUUACCUUUCAGCAAAACCGUGAAUGUAAAGUAUUCUGCUAAUCACUUUGUCUCAAUGAACCCAUCUAAAUUGUAGUGUCCCCUAUAAUUAGAUGUGUGUUUGAAAUCAUGUUUCAGGUUUACUAUUUGGACUUCAAUUAAAUAUCUAUUACUAUGUGUCAAACAUACACCAGCUUAAAUAGAAGCCUGUUAGCCAUUAAUAUUUGUCCAUACAUUGCCUAAUCAUCUUGGUUAGAUUUCAUAAAUCCACCAGCUGUUCUCUAGUCAGCUUCAUCCUGAGAUACAAUAUGCAUAUUUAAAGCUAAUUUCUUCCUAAACUACUGUGAGAUUUCCUUACAAGUUUUUUUUUUUUUUUUUUUUACCCAUAGUGACUACGGUACAGUUGGAAAACAUUAGGAAAAAAUAUUGUCUUUGACGUUAGGUGCAGGGACUGAACCUAUAUUCCAAAGGAAAUCUCCAGUCUUUUUUUUAUCCCGUAUAAUUGUGGUACAAACCCUCCAAGCUUUACAGUCAUAUUUUUGUACAUUCACAGGCCUGGACCCCUAAUUGAUUUCACCUUUGCUGGAGGUGCAUUCAGAAUAAUCCAAGAAAACAGAGGUGAGGCUAAACAGCUUUUAAUUAAUUAAAAAGAUGACAUAAUAUUGUGCUGUUAUUGCUUCAAGAGUGGAAAUCUGACCAGGUUGUCAUAUAAGAAUGGAAACAAUACGCCAAAAUCAAACACAAUCUUUAAGACCGCUUAAAUCUUUCUUUUGUAGACGACCAAAAUGAGCAGUUGUUUUGUUUUUUUGGGUUAUCUUUCACACCAUCUCAUGGUUAGCUUUUCAGUGGUAAAUAGACAAUGUUUAUUUUGUGGUUUUCUAGUCAUACAGAAUGACUCAAAGCCAUUUUACACUUGAAUCUCGUUCACCCAGCCUCACGACCCAAAAAUCGCUGGACAACUCCUCCUCCCGCUGAGUCCACAGUCGCUUAAUCUCUAGUUUAUUCACGCCUCUCACUGUAUUAUAAAGUCCCUGCCUGGCACCACACAAUCAGCGCAGAACCUUUUUAUAGCAAAAACAAGAGAGUUUUUAACCUCAAUAUUAGUGUCCACCGCUCCUCUUCGUCACAUUGGCCACCGAAACGUCUCAAAAAUCUGCUGCAAGACUCAUGAUGGCUGUAACUGAGUAAAUGGCUUCACUAGAAAGAUUAGCAUUAAAAAAAAGCAAUAAGCUGGACAUGUUUUGUCUUGUACAUCUACCCCUCAACACAAUAAAACAUAUUGUUUACUUUUUAUUUCCUACCCAAGGAAUCUAAUCUGUCUGCGGCAUUUAAGGUGUGAAAAUUUGUUCUCGAUUGCCAAGCCGGAGAACAAACGUGACACGAUGUAAAAGGUGUAUAUGUGUGACGUAUAUCUGCCGUCAGGCUACAACUCUACCUGCUUCAUCAUAGUGGCAGAAUUAGUGACGCGUCACUUGAACAACAGCUUCUUCAUUUUGGUGACCUCUUGUCCUACGCUUUGUAUCGUGUCAGUCGGUUUAUCUUUUUGCUCUUCAUCGUGAAUGUUGAUGGUCCUCCAUAUUGGUUCCGUGUGCCAUUCAUGUACAAACUUGUAUACAGAUGCACAUAAAACAAUCUGUGUCAGCACCUGGACUGACACCCUGUUGCUCCAUGUUGUUAAAGAAAAAAAAUACUGGUAAUAGUUAUGCUGUAUUUUUGUGUGAUUAAAUGUAUAUACAUGUGUGACGUAUGAGAACAAAUUAAUUUACUUUUAAAUGCAGCACUGAAGAAAACGAGUAUUUAUUUAUUUAUUCAUCUGGUGUCUAUAAGAGUACAGUUGUAAAUGUGGGGUUAAAUAAAUUAUAUUAAUUUAGCA